UUACUCAUGAGAAAUUUCUUUUAUAUUGAUAUUUCUUUCUCAAUGUUAUUAAUAUAAGUCGGAGCUUAUAUUAUUAAAAUUUUUAGAUGUAAUUAUUUGUUAUACCUAGAAAUAUCUUAUUUCUGUGCUUGCCUGGUAGGACUAGAUGUCCUUGUAUAUUUUCUUUUACCCAUAUUAUAACAUCUUUUAAAUCUAGUUAGAUUAUUAUUGUGUUCAAUGAACAUGGUCUCCGAGAUAAUUAAAAGUGUGUAUUACUUGUUGAUCUUGUCUCUGAUGUUUAAUCAACUAUUUUUAUGGCAAUUGAUUGAUACUUCUGAGUUGAGUACAUAUUAUUUUGAUUAUUAGAAUCAUGUUACUUUAAUUAGCUUCGAAGUGUGAUAGUUUAGUGAUAUUGUUAAUUUAUCACUUGCAUAAACCUGUGUAGUUUAUGAUUUUUUGAUAUGAUGAGUUAGUGGGAGUUGAUUAGAAAUUGAGAUUAUAUCUAUCUGUAAUUGUGACUCCCACGGAUAUCAUGAUUUUGUUGUUAUAUGAUAAUAAUAUCUGGAGAUGUGAUGUUUUCUUUGAAAACAUUGAUCUUUCACUAAAAGAUGGUUUGUUCCUUUCAAGGAAUGAUGUUUCAUUAAGAAACAUGAUGUUUCAUUAAGAAGCAUGUUUAAUGUCUCCUUUGGGGAGAUGGUGAUGUUUUCUUGGAAAAACAUUGGUCUUUAUCCAAAAGAUGUUUUGUUCCUUGUAAGGAAUGGUGUUUCUUAUGGAACAUGUUUAUUGUCUCCUCAGGGGAGAUGUUGAUGUUUCAUGUGAAAUGUGAAACAUGUUUAUUUUCUCCUUGGGGAGAUGUUGAUGUUUUCUUGGUCGAAAGAUUUUGAUCUUUCAUUUGAAAGAUGUUGGUUUCCUAUAAAGAAAUGAUGUUUCAUGAGAAACAUGUUUGUAAUCUCUUGGUGAGAUUGAUUGUGUUUUCUUGGGAAGACACAAUGUGGAUCUAUACACGAUAGCAUGAAGAUGAUGAUCACAUACUAUGCUAUGUUGUGUACCUACACUGAUCACUUGUGUUAUGAUCAUGUUAAUGAGAUUGUUGGUUAUGUAGUUAUAGGUGAACUAAAUUUUGAAUAGUUUAUCUUUGCUUAUGGCUCUUAGCUAAUGAUUUUGUUGGCUGUGAUGGUCAUAUAUUUUUUGGUGAUUAUAUCAGGUUGUUUAUGUGGCCACAGUUGUUCAACUCAAGAGUCGUUUUUAAAAAUGAAUUUGAAAAUAGAUAAAACUCAAUCAAUAUCGCCCAAGUGGGAAAAGCACCCAGUUUCCCGGAAUGGGUGAGGUAGUGCAGCAUUUUACGGUGCACGUUGUGUUAUCCGUUGGAGUUGGGUGUGUUUCCGUAAUGGAAGAGGUUUGCAUGUGGGUUCUAGGAGCAUUUAAUAGUUGUAUGGCUGCUUCUUGCUCCUCUGGCUGGCUUAUCAGAGCAGCGGAAUGCCAUAUGACUCCUCAUGGUGUUUGACCCCAACUAUUAGUAAUAAUUGUUGGAAUCAAGUGUUGGAGUCAAGUCCCACAUCGGAGAAGUCAAGGUGAGAGGGAGAGUUUAUAAGAGAUGUGACCAAUAAACCUAAUGCCUUAUGGGUUUGGGUUAAGAUGUGGUGUCCAAGAUCUCCUUGGUGUUUCCCCUCGACCUUGCCCCAUGGGUACUCGCUGUGCCUCUCCCCAACAUGUGGUAUCAAAGCCGAUGGUUCAUGGGACCAUGACGGCUCCUUGUGUCGAAAGUCUUCCUAGCAGUGUGGCUAGGCGGCAGGUUCCGUUGGCAGCGAACGGCGGUGCAAGGUGGAUAGCUUCCGCAGACGGGAGGACCGUGGGUGAUGUGGUUGAGGGACUCACACUUGAGGGGGAGAUUGUUGGAAUCAAGUGUUGGAGUCAAGUCACACAUCGGAGAAGUCAAGGUGAGAGGGAGAGUUUAUAAGAGAUGUGGCCCAUAAACCUAAUGCCUUAAGGUUUUGGGUUAAGAUGUGGUGUCCAAAAUCCCCUUGGUGUUUCCCCUCGACCUUGCCCCAUGGGUCCUCGCCGUGCCUCUCCCCAACAUUAUAUCCAUCCCAAUCGCACAAAACAAUCUGCAUGAUGAUGUUUUAACACUGCGUCGAUGGAAAACCCACUUGGAGGGUGCUGGUUAAGGUGCUGAGGAUGUGGGUACGGGCAAAGCUAUACUAAUUCCAAACUACCUCUGUCCCUUGAACUGGUGGUAAUGGAUGAGAAGUUCUGCUUUGCAUUACAGCAGCACAAGGGAGAAAAACACUUCACACAUACAAUGAAAUUCCAGCAUCUUCAGUUUCUAAUGAUGGUAUUUGCAAGACCAUGGUAGAGACACAAGGUUACAAUUGUGAAGAACACACGGUUACAACACAGGAUGGUUACAUCCUGAGUCUUCAGAGGAUGCCAGAAGGGCGGUCCGGUAAGAAAGCUGACAAGCCGCCUGUGCUAUUACAACAUGGCGUCCUCAAUGAUGCCAUAACAUGGCUUUUCAAUUCGCCAGAGGAAUCAUUGGCAUUUAUUUUAGCAGAUAAUGGGUUUGAUGUGUGGCUUGUCAAUUCUCGCGGGACAAAAUAUAGCAGCAAGCACAAAACACUUAGUCCUAAUGACAAGGCUUAUUGGGAUUGGUCAUGGGAUGAAUUAGCUAGUUAUGAUCUUUCUGCUUCAGUCCAGUAUGUGUACAACCAAACUGGUCACAAGUUGCACUAUGCUGCUCAUUCUUUGGGAACUUUAAUGGCUCUAGCUGCGCUAUCAGAAGGGCAGUUGCUGAGUAUGGUGAGAUCAGCUGCAUUACUUAGCCCAAUUGCUCAUUUGGAUCAGAUUACAUCAUGGCCAAAAAAACUUGCUGCUGACGUCUUUUUAGCUAAUGAUGUAUACUGGUUAGGCAUCUAUGAGUUCAUUCCUAACGGGAAUGCUGCAUCAAAAUGUAUUGAAGAAAUCUGCCACACUCUACACCUCGACUGCUCAAACCUGAUGGAUCUUUUCAUAGGUCCAUAUUGCUGCGUCAAUUCUUCCAAGAUAGAUGUCUUACUUGAUCAUGAACCACAACCAACAUCAACUAAGACUUUGAUCCAUCUAUCACAAAUGGUCAGAACAGGAAAAAUAGCAAAGUAUGAUUAUGGUGAUCCAGGCCAAAAUAUGCAACACUAUGGACAACCGGUUCCUCCUGUUUAUGACAUGACCAAAAUUCCAAAUGAGUUUCCACUUUUUCUCAGCUAUGGAGGGCAAGAUAUGCUAUCUGAUGUACAAGACGUGCAGGUUUUGCUCAAUGACCUCAAAGAUCACGAUGGGGACAAGCUUGUGGUAGUGUUCAGGGAAGAUUAUUCACAUGCUGAUUUUGUUCUGGGUGUCAAUGCUAAUGAACUUGUCUAUGAUCCUCUGAUGGAUUUCUUCAAUGUUAAUUGAUUUUACAAUGAUUAUUAGAUAGUGUAAAUAAUUUCUUUUACAUUUAAG